AUGCGCAUGCCCCGCAUAGACAGCGAUGUCUUUUCGAGCAAGGUGCGUGCAGAACGUGAUCGAGGGGACAGAGUUCGAGUCGUUGGAUUUUUAAUGAUUAUUCUCCGUGUUCACCUGGGUGAUGAUGCGGCAAGUGUCGAGGUUCCUGUCACCCCUGAUUCCACUGGUCAAGAUGUCAUCGACUGUGUCAGGGACCCCAGCGUGCAGGACUGCCGCCUGGUGGAGAGAUGGAAGAACUACGAGCGGGAGAUCAACCCAGAGGAGAACAUGUCCAUCUUGCUGGAGGCUCAUGGAACAGAGGAAGAGGAGGUUAAGAUCUUCCUCCAGUACGGCAGCGAUGGCAUAACGGACCCAGCAGACAACAGGAGAUAUGGCAGCCCCCAUUCCUCCGCCAGCAGCAGCCCCAUCCCUGGACGAAGCAGUCCCCUUGUUGGGCGAAGAGCUCAACUACGACGAGGACGUGAAAGUGCAGCAGCAGCGGCACAGAGUAGAUCAGCAAUGCUGCCGGGUGGGAUGGACCUGACGCUGACGGAGCUGCAGGAGAUGGCGUCACGGCAGCAGCAGCAGAUCGAGAGUCAGCAGCAGGUCCUGGUAGCUAAGGAGCAGCGACUCAAGUACCUGAAGCAGCAGGAGCAGCGACACUCCCACCUCAGCGCGGAGCAGGACCGUCUCCGCCGGCUACGGGAGAAGGUAGAGACACAGGAGCUGAAGCUGAAGAAGUUGCGGGCAUUACGGGGACAGGUGGAACAACACAAGGCCUCAAAUGGAAACCUCAAUUCGGAACUUGAUUCCGUGAAAGCUUUGUUCAAUGAGAAAGAGAAAGAGCUGACAAUGGCUGUUGCCAAAGUGGAGCAGUUGACCCGACAACUGGAGGACAUUCGUACUGGAAAGAUCAAUGGAAUAAAUGGGGACACGCAAACAGCUGCAGUGCUAGAACUGGAGAAACUUCGCAAAGAGCUUUUGCAAAGGAACAAAGUGAACGAGCAACAAAACAAUCGGCUGUCUGCCCAGCGUGAGCUGCUCCAGCACAAGAAGGACGAGAUGAAGCAGAUGGACUUCCGGAUCCAGGAGCUGCAGCAACGCAUCAAGAAGAAGAAGUCCCAGCAGCAGACGGACAACAAGAACAUGGUGAACAAGAACAGACCCAGCACCAACAUCGCCGCCGUGGAACCCUACAUCCAGGUUGCUCCUAAAGAUAAGGAAGAUAUGUACCAGAAAGCUGGGUUUGAGAAGAAGGAUCCAAAACAGGUGCAGUCUACCAACACCAAAUUCCCAUCUGGUGAGAAUAAGAAUAUGGAGGACUUCCCAGUGAAGCCAUCCAAUCAGGGUAAAGAACUGAACAACAACAGUAGGGAGAAUUCUCAAAGUAGGGAGAAUUCAGUGUCCAAAUCUGCAAACAAUCAAAAUGUGAGUGACAGUAAGUCUCGGGAACCAGAAUGUGCCUGCAUCAACUUCAAAUCAACCUGUUUCACAAGCUGGUCCUGGCGAAUCAGUGUUGCGAAUAUUGCAGCCAAGUUUUCAGCCCGACCAUAUGGUUCGACGUUCAGCACAUCUGUGUUACCUGGGAGGGUAGCCCCCAUCCAGCAACAACCAGUUAUAAGUAUUACAGAGGAGGAACGGCAGGCAGGCAGUGGGCAGAGUUCGCCAGCAUCAAGUGACAGCUCUCAGAACUCUCCAAGCUCAAACAAGCCAAAAGUGCUGGCCAGGUUUCCCCAACCACAAACAAACACCACCUUCCAUGGGAGAGUCCCUACUUCACAAUCUUCACAGAAUGAUACGAAGACUGUUCCUCAGCAGCAGCCCGUUCAUCCUCCUCCAGUUUCCUCCAAAACUGCUCCUCAUCCAGCCUUGAGAGGUGCUGCAACAUCUUCCCCCAGUCAGUCUCCACAACAGAACUCGCCCAGGAAUGGGUCCGACAACUCUCUUGAUGCUACAGAUUCUGCCAGGCAGGAGCAGCCAAACCGACGUACAGUGUACGCGACGAAGAACGCAAUCAUGAACACAUACAUGGGCAGACUGGGGUCAUCAGCGAUGCAGAAGUAUCAGCAGAAUCUGGAUGCUCUGUACAAGAAUGCAGACGUUAAAGGUACAGGAGAUCGACCUGAUCAUAGCCCUUUACCUUCUGGAGGGAAUCCAGGCCUGGAACAACGAACAGCAUUUAAUCAACCAUCUUCUGGGGAUUCAAAUAAUGGGGCCAAAACACAUACUCACUUUGGACUUGUAGGCUUGCCUCAAUACCAGAGCAUAGCCUCGGAUAAGGGAAGUUAUAGGCUGAACACCCCUAAACACAUACGACGGAAGCAGUCGGAUAGUGAGAAUGAAGACCUUAGUAAAUUACUGCAUGGAGGGUAUGAUCGACAAGGGGCAAAUCAAAAGAUUAACAGUGGUGUUAACAGUGGGAACAAUCAAUCAAGUGCCUUGGAAACUGUUAAACAGACAGACAGUAAUAGUGCUACUUCAAACUCUAAGGGAGGUAACUCUCCUCCACUUUCGGAUUCUUCUCGCCCUCCUCAACCGCCAGGUGAUGGUGUAGUGAGGAGGAAGAAGACAAAUUUGAAGAAGGAUAAAUCUCGGAAAUCUGGGAACCGUGUGAGUUUCGACCCCCUGGCGCUACUCUUGGAUGCAUCUUUAGAGGGAGAAAUCGAACUGGUCAGGAGGACAGCACGAGAGGUUACUGAUGUCAGUGCUCCCAAUGAUGAAGGGAUCACUGCUCUCCACAAUGCCAUCUGUGCCGGACACUACGAGAUUGUUGUUUUCCUCGUAGAGUUCGGAUGUGACGUCAAUUCACCAGAUAGUGAUGGAUGGACACCUCUACACUGUGCAGCGUCCUGUAACAAUCUCCCAAUGGUCAAGUUCCUCGUUGAACACGGAGCAUGUAUAUUUGCCACAACAAUCAGCGACCACGAGACAGCCGCGGAGAAGUGUGAAGAAGAUGAAGAUGGCUAUGACGGUUGCUCAGAUUACCUCUACAGCAUCCAAGAGAAGCUCGGCAUCAUGAAUAAUGGGGAAGUAUAUGCAGUUUUCGACUAUGACUCAUCCAACUCGGAUGAGCUAAGCUUUAAGAUUGGUGACAAGAUCACCAUCCUACGGAAGGGCGAUGAGCGUGAGAAGGAAUGGUGGUGGGCUCGUCGAAAUGACAAAGAAGGAUAUGUCCCAAGAAACCUACUUGGGAUGUAUGCUCGGGUGAUGCCAACAAAAUGAUUAGGGUAGUGCAAGAUGUGCGGGUGUUGCCGAGUUGAACAUGCUGCAGCAUUCCAUGUGGGUGGUAGUCUAGACAGGCUACAGUUUGUGCAAUAAAGGACCCUGACAAGAUUAUUUUGCUAUAUAUUUAAGAGUAGAGUCUAGCUUGCACCAGCUAGUCUGACCGAGAGUGCUAGAACUAUCCUAUGUAUGUGUGUAGCUGUGAAGAUGGAACAGACUUGUUCAGUAUGCAACAUGGAUGAAGCCUCAGGGAGCGGCCAUUUUGGACAAGGGUUCAUGGGAUGUGAUAAAUGCACAAAGUUCCCAGACAUUUUGUUAUAAACAGUGGUGAUAUUUUGUAGAACAUAACAGAUCACCAGAUUACUUGAACAAUAUACAGAUAACACACAUUGUUGUACAAUAAAUGAGAAGCUUGAAUAUAUGUACACUUCAACCCAUAUCGUGUUGAUUCUUGUCACAUCCAACAUAUUGGAUUACUUAACUGAUAUUAUAAAGAAUGUGUGUUUUGUAAUGUGAUGUACUAUAUGUAUCACAAUUUUGUACAGAAAUUCUAACACAUUAAAAUGUCUAUGCAAUUCGCCUUGGAUAUUACCGUCCAAACUUCCUGUAAAUGGCAAAUACUAUGAAAGAUGAAAGCAAUCAAAUUGUACAGAAUUAUUUAAAAAGAGAUUCUAUCCAAUGAAAUGAUUCAGUCUGAUUAAAAUGCACUUAAAUCAACUA